AUGAGACCUCUAGUGCUGAAGAGCCCCCCCUCUAAGAAGGCUCGAGUCGAAGAGCCUUCGAUCUCUGACAGCCAUCGGCAGUCGCUGCGUGACAGGGGUAUUGCGCCUAUCAAAGCCGAAUACUUGCUUCGCUCGCGUCCCUUGAUUAACUCGACCCCCGAGCCUGCCUCCGAAGUCAACGCUGAUGAUGCUGCCGAGGCUGCCUCCCACGCCGAGCGUGACGACGAGAAGAAAGGCAAGAAGAAGAAUAAACCCAAGGGCCAGAACACCAAUCGAAGCUUUGGCAGCUCCAAAGACGCAAAAGGCCUGUGCACAUCGAGAACAUUCAGUCCCGAGUUCUCCCCGGAAGAGUGCCAGUUCGGCGAGAAAUGUCGAUUUGAGCACGAUUUGCGCGUCUACCUAAAGGAGCACAAGCGUGAGGAUCUUACAACUUUUGAUGGCAUCUGUCCGGCGUGGGAUGUGCAUGGAAAGUGUCCCGCAGGAUGGAAGUGUCGGUUGGUCGGUUCACACUCCACCGAGAGGGAAACGGCGGACGGGAAGAAGGAGCUUAUCUUGAUUGAAGACGAAGAGCGCAAGGCCAAGGCCAAGCCUCUCGUGUCGUUCGCGACUUCCGAGGGCAUGGUCAAUAUCAUUUCGAACGAAGACAAGGUCGCCCUCGCGCGGAAGCGGGAGCAUACUCCUCGUGCCAAUGAAUACAACACCUGGCUUACCAAGGUGUCUCAGGAGCUAGAGAAGCAGCUUCAUGGUCGAUUUCAAGAGGAAGGGGACGCAGCUCAGACCAAUGGUGACGCAGAAAAGGCCAAGGAGAAGGAGGAGAAAGAAGAGAACAGGGCCCGUUUCUCGGAUCCUCCAUUUUUGCCGUCCGAGAAGAGACGCAUUUAUUUUGGACCUGAAACCCCAACCCUCGCACCUCUGACGACCCAGGGUAACCUGCCAUUCCGCAGGCUGUGUAUUGAUCUCGGUGCUCAAUUCACCUACUCAGAAAUGGCGAUGAGCAUGCCAUUGAUCCAAGGCUCUAAAUCCGAGUGGACCUUGCUGAAGAGCCACCAGUCGGAGAUGCUCCCUCCCACAAUCGUUCCCGGGCCGAAUGUCGUUCAAGGCUAUGACAAUUCAAAGGAUUUCAAGUUUGGUGCUCAGAUUGCAGCCAACAAGCCUUGGCAGGCCCUGAAGGCUACGGAGGUGCUUUCUAAAUUCACACCCAACUUGCGUGUCAUUGACCUGAACUGCGGUUGCCCCAUCGACCUUGUGUACCGCGAGGGAGCUGGCUCUGCCUUGCUGGAUCACCACUCUAAAUUGGAAAAGAUACUUCGUGGAAUGAAUGCUGUCUCGCAGGAGAUUCCAAUUACGGUGAAGAUCAGAACGGGAACUCGAGAUAACCAGCCGACAUCACAAAAGUUGGUUGAGCGUCUUGUUCUAGGUGGCUACGAGUCUAGCUUUCUCAAUGGUGGCCCCGCAGGUGUCGCUGCCAUCACUCUCCAUGGACGAAGCAGACAACAGCGAUACACCAAAACCGCGGAUUGGAGUUAUAUCGCAGAGUGUGCCGCCAUCAUCAACCGGCUGAAUGAGCAAACGGAUGUCAUCACCGAUACCAUCCAUGAACCCGAUGCGCGUUACCAGCCAAAUGGCGGCAAGACUUACUUCCUCGGAAACGGCGAUUGUUUCUCUCACUUUGACUACGAUGACCACAUUCGGAAUGCCGGUGUUGACUCCGUCAUGGUGGGUCGUGGAGCUUUGAUCAAACCAUGGAUUUUUGAGGAAAUCCAGUCCGGUCAGUACCUGGACAAGUCUGCUACAGAGCGUCUUGCCUACAUCGAAAGGUUUGCCAGGUAUGGGCUAGAUGCUUGGGGAUCGGAUGAGUUUGGCGUUGGCACCACCCGAAGAUUCCUGCUUGAGUGGUUGAGCUUUGCCUAUCGCUACGUUCCGCUCGGCAUUUUGGAGUACAUGCCUCCUCAUAUUAACGACAGACCCCCUGCUUGGCGUGGUCGAAAUGAUCUUGAGACUCUUAUGGCUAGCGGAAACUACAAGGACUGGAUCAAAAUCACCGAGAUGUUCCUCGGCCCCGCGCACAAGGACUUCAAAUUCGAGCCCAAGCACAAGUCCAAUGCCUAUGAGGCAGAGGGCUAA